AUCGAGUUAUUUUUAGCGAGGAACAUAUGUCCGUUUCCUGACGACAUUAAAAUGGCGAGAAUAUGCGUGUUGGGAGCUGGAGUGGCUGGGCUGUCGUCUGCUGUUAAUAUACAGUCGAUAUUACCGGAAGCAGACAUUACAAUAAUCGCUGAUCAAUUCAACACAGAAACCACCAGUGAUGGUGCAGCGGGGAAUUUUGGAAUUUUAUUAGGAAGAACAAAUGCUGACAUAUGCAGAUUAAGAUGCUGGACCAGAGAUUCUUUUGAAUGGUACCAUAAAAUUUGUACAUCUGAGGAUGCAAACAUCGCAGGAAUUCACAGGACACAUGGCUACCAACUCUGGAGGACCGAGCAACCGCCUCCAUUUCACGGCAGUUUUGACUACGGAUAUCGUAUUCUUUCCAAAUCUGAACUUCUAAAGCUGCCAGGAAACUAUAAGUAUGGUUGGGAAUUAAAUACACUGAUGGUGGAAUGUCGCCGUUAUUUGCCAUGGCUCAUGAAGAGGUUCAAAGAAAAAGGAGGGAGAGUAAUUCGCAAGCAACUUAAAAAUAUUGUUGAGAUCUCAGGAUCAUAUGACGUUCUAGUCAACUGCACGGGGCUUGGUAGCAGGAAGUUGUUUGAUGACAAAGAACUGGUCCCCAUUAGAGGACAUACCAUCCGGGUGAAAGCUCCAUGGAUAAAAACCUUGUUCAUUGCUGACAGCGACACCUACAUUUAUCCAGGUCAGGACAACGUAGUUCUUGGUGGUACUCGUCAGAGAGGAGAAGAAAAACUGGACAAGGAUCAGCGUUACUAUGACGACAUCAUGGCACGAUGCUGUCGUCUGGUUCCUUCACUCAAACACGCUGAAGUGGAGAAAACCUGGGUGGGACUUCGUCCUUGGCGGCCCUGCGUUCGUCUGGAGGUGGAGAUGAUCUCAGUCGAUGAUGGACGUCUUCCUGUGGUUCAUAAUUAUGGUCAUGGCUCAGACGGGGUCUGCAUCAGUUGGGGGUGUGGGGUGGAUGCAGCCAACCUCGUUAAGCAGCAACUGACAGAAACAGGUUCCCAGAGGCUGGUGUCUAAGUUAUGACACACAUGCAGGAACGAAUAUCAAAAAAUUAAACAUUGUCGUGACUAAUGUUAAAAAAACCUGCUGGAUAAUAAUUAUCAAAGCAGAAUGGAUAAUUAUUAUGGUGCCAGGAUAAAAGAAGUAAAUAAAUAUAAUAAAUUAUGUCAUUAUCUAGUUAUACUUAUGUAUAUAUAAAGUAGACAUAUUGACAUGUAUUAGUAUUUGCAUGGUCAUUGAAGGUCGCUCACUACACCUUGAAAGAGCUUCUUAAAUGUGCAGAAAAUUCCUUCAUUAUGAAAGAUAACAUGAUGGAUAAAAUAUAUAUAUUUCAAA